CUCUCAUCUCCCUAUAAUAAGCCUCUUGGACCCACCCACACAUUUAUUUAAACCUCUGACUAGACUGUGAGACAUUCACUCACUGACUUCAUCUAAGGGGAUUCUAAUGGAUCUGAGAGGGUACCUCAACAGGAUCGGGUUUACUGGCCAAUAUGACAAACCCGACCUGGACACUUUACGCACCAUCCACAAGCUGCAUGUUAUGAAAAUUCCAUUUGAGAACCUCAGCAUCCACUGCGGAGAGAAGAACACGACAGACCUGCACAUCAUCUAUGAUAAAUUAGUCAAGAGCAAUCGGGGAGGCUGGUGUUGUGAAAACAACCUCUUGUUCUCAUGGGUCCUACAGGAGAUGGGUUACAAAUACACCACACUAGGCUCCAAGGUGUUCAACAAGUUCCAAAAUGAUUUCCACCCCGUGGACUCUCAUCUCAUCAAUCUGGUGGAGAUUGAUGGGAAGCCUUAUAUUACUGAUGUGAGCUAUGGAGUGUCAUGCCAACUGUGGUAUCCCUUAGAGAUGGUCUCGGGUAAGGAUCAGCCACAACCUCCCGGUGUGUUCCGCCUCCUAAACGAUGGGAUGACGUGGGUUCUUGAGAAGACAUCAAGAAAGCCAGUAGUCAAAGAUAAGGCCUAUGCUAAUUCCAGCCUCCUCGACCAUCGCCUGACUAAAAAAAUGUAUUGCUUCCCAUUAACACCCCGUAAUAAAGAACAUUUCGUGGAGACGCUGGAUUGCCUGCAGACAAGUCCAGAUUCUCGGUUUGUGCUGAAGUCCAUUUGCUCCCUUCAGACGCCCACAGGUUUCAGAGCUCUGAUUGGCUGGACUUACAGUGAGAUCACCUACAACCCGGAGGAGGACUCUGACUUUGUGGACAUGAAGGAAAUUCCUGACUGUGAAAUAGAGGCUGUGUUGAGGGAAAAGUUUAAUGUGGUGUUAGUUAAUAAGUUCACUCCUAAAAAUAACAAAGCUCAUUAUUGCAUGUAAUGCUCAGGAGCGUUAGAUAGAAAUAGGAAGAAGAAAGCAGCAGUCAAUAGCAGUAUCAUUAGGGCAGCAAAGACCAAGGCUCAAACAGAUUAUACAAAAGAAACCAAAGCAGUGAAGAGGAGUUUCAAGAAGGAUAAGAAAGACUAUUUGAGUAGACUGGCAGCUGAAGCAGAGCAGGCAGCAUACGCCAAUAUGAAAGAAAUGUAUGACAUCUAUAA